AUGGGAGCUCUACUGUCAAUGCUGUGGAACGGCUUCUCCGUAGAAGCAGUAUCCCAUACGUCUACCUGGCCACUACAUCUGCACCCGGCAUGCCAGCACGUGGUUGGACCCACCGUAAUCUGGCGCUACAGUACAUCCGAGAGAAUUACAGCCCACAAACAGAUGCCGUGUUUGUACUUUGCCGACGACGACAAUUCUUACGAUGUUCGAUUAUUUGACAAUUACAUUCGAAAAGUGAAACGGCUCGGAAUAUGGCCCGUAGGUCUCGUUGGUGGUGCCUGGGUUGAAGCACCAAAAGUUGGAAGCGAUGGUAAGGUGGUGUCGUGGGAUGUCAUGUACGCUCCUAAUAGAGAAUUUGCCACCGACAUGGCAGGAUUUGCAGUGCAUCUCAGCGAACUUUUCAGGGUAGCAAACGCCUCCUUUAAUGCAAAUUGUGCGAAGUCGGCCGGUUAUGGGCCGGAAUCGUGCUUUCUAACGCAAUUUGGUUUCAAAAAACGGGAUGCAGAACCGUUUGGACAUAACGACACACCAAAGGACAUUCUUGUAUGGCACACAAAAACGUCAGCUUCCAAAGGAUCUGGUCCCUUGAGAGGAUUCGUCAUAGAAUGA